AUGGCUUUCCCUCGCAAACGAACUCCGGGCAACACUGGCCAGUCGGAUAACGACAAACGACAAAGCGGAGAUGCAUCCAACAAGCACGAACGCCGGUCCAGCCACCGGCGUGGAAAAGAUUCAGAGCAGCCCUCUGAACUGAGGAUAGUUCUGGUGGGAAAGACUGGAUCAGGGAAGAGUGCAACAGGGAACACCAUCUUGGGUAAAAAGGUGUUUAAAGUGGAAGCUUCUUUUGAGUCUGUAACUGCACAGUGUGAGAAACAGAGUGGAGUGGUGGAUGGGACGAAGAUUGAUGUCAUCGACACCCCGGGGCUCUAUGACACAACACUGUCUAAAGCAGAGAUGAAAGGUGAAAUAGAAAAGGCCAUCUAUAUGUCUGUCCCAGGACCCCAUGCCUUCCUGCUGGUGAUCAGACUGGGGAGGUUCACAGAGGAGGAGAAGAACACUGUGAAGUGGAUCCAGGAGAACUUUGGAGAAGAAGCCUCAAAGUACACCAUCAUUCUGUUCACCGGAGGAGACCAGCUGGAGGACAAAUCAUUGGAGGACUUAGUGAAUGAGAGUGAGGAGCUUACGAAACUCGUCAAGGUCUUUAACGGCAGAUAUCAUGUCUUCAAUAAUAAAAAGAAGAAUGACAACACUCAGGUCACAGAGCUGCUGGAGAAGAUAGAUAAGAUGGUGGUGAAGAAUGGAGGACAACACUACACCAAUGAGAGGUACCAGGAGAUCCAGAGGAAGAUCAACGAGGAGGAGAGGAAGAAACAGCAGGAGGAGGAGAGAAAGGAGGAGAAGAAUAAACGGGUAGAGGAGGCGAGAGAGGAGGAGAGGAAGAAACAGGAGGAGAUUAAGAAGAAUAAGUCAAAGUCCCUAUGGGGAAAAGUAGUGGGAUUGGUAGCAACUGUUGGCACAGCGGUGGUAGCAGGACCAGCAGCAAUUCCAGUUGGAGUUGCUCUACUUGCAAAAGAGGUAGUUGAAGAGGUAGUUGAAUAUUUCCAAGAUUCUCAGUAAGUAAAGAUGACGAAGAGGUGGCAGUGUAAAAUACCACUCAAGUAGUAGCAGUAGAUUAAUACUGAACAAUGACAUUCACAGGGAUUGUUCAUCACUUUCUAAUAUGAUCAGUUUUUAACAUGUUAAUCAUUCAAAGGCUCAGGGAUAAUAACAUAGGAUGCUGUAUAUAAUUCAACAAAAACAAACAGAAAA